AUGAAGUUCCAAGUUGUUUUAUCUACUCUUUUGGCAUGCUCAUCUGCCGUCGUUGCAAGCCCAAUCGAAAACCUAUUCAAAUACAGGGCCGUUAAGGCAACUCAUAGCAAAGUUAGCAACUCUACUUUGCCAACCUGGAAUGGUUCUAACACUAGCAAUGUUACUUAUGCUAAUGGAACAAACAGUACUACUAACAGUACUACUUCCGAAAGCAGCCAGCUACAAAUUAUUGUAACAGGUGGUCAAGUGCCAAUCACCAACAGUUCUUUGACUCACACAAACUACACCAGAUUAUACAACAGCUCCUCUGCCUUGAACAUUACUGAAUUGUACAAUGUUGCCCGUGUUGUUAACGAAACAAUUCAAGAAAAGUCGUCCUCUGGUGCCAUUGUUGUUACCAAUGCCAAGUCUUUGGAAGCCGUCUCUUUCUUCUUCUCUAUUAUUUUCGACACUGAAAAGCCCAUUGUUGUCACUGAAGAUUCCGCUUAUGCUAUUCCAGUUGCUAAUGAUAAGAAUGCCGCCAAGCGUGGUGUCUUGUCCGUUACUUCUGACAAAUUAGUAUACUCCGGUGUUUUCACUCCACCUACUGCUUGUUCUUACGGCGCUGGUUUGCCUGUUGCUAUCGUCGAUGACCAAGACGAAGUUAAAUGGUUCUUCGAUGCUUCCAAGCCAACCUUAAUCUCCUCCAGCUCUGUCAUCAGAAAGGAAUACAGUAACUUCACUACUCCUUAUGGUCUGUUAGAAAAUGGUGUACCAAUUGUUCCAAUUGUCUACGACGGUGGUUACUCGUCCAGUUUGAUUGACUCUUUGAGUUCUGCUGUUCAAGGUUUGGUUGUUGUCUCUUCUGGUUCUACCAACUCAACCUCGUCUAGUAUUGAAAGCACUGAAAUUCCAGUUGUAUACGCUCAAGCCAAUACUCCAUUAAACUUUAUUGACAACAAAGACGUUCCAAAGAGCGCUGUGGGUGCCGGCUAUUUGUCCCCAAUUAAGGCCCAAAUCUUGUUGUCCAUUGCUGCUGUUAAUGGUGUCACCUCCAAGUCUGCUUUGGAAAGCAUUUUCCCAUGA